GGUGACCUUCCACCUUUUAUUUGCUUGUCUGCGACUAAAUAUGGCUAGCGACUUCACUUGAAGCAAAGUUGAGAAAAGGGGACCGCUGGAUUUCUUGAAAGCAACCCAUCUUUGUUGUGCUUCCCACUGCUUUUAACACUGAAGAAUGCUAGCCUUCAAGUUUAGUUACCCUCCUCCCCCCAUGAAGCUUAUAUAAAAGUUGACACAGAUGGCUUAAUAAUUUAUAAACUAAUACUUUGACUUGGGGGUCAGACGUCCUGUUGUUUAAGCAUAUUUCUGCUCGGCACAAUUAGGAACAGUGUUGUGAAUGACAGGCUUUGUACAAAAUGCCAAACUUCGAUGACAUUCUAGAGCACAUUGGAGAAUUUGACCUGUUCCAGAAAAGAGCCUUUUUUCUCAUUUGCUUCGUCUCUGUUGCCUUUGCCCCGAUCUAUGUGGGAGUCGUUUUCCUUGGCUUCAUACCUGAGCACCGUUGCCUGAAUCCUGGAGCUGCCGAGUUAAGCAGCAGAUGUGGCUGGAGCCCUGAACAGGAGGUGAAUUACACAGUUCCAAAUGGAGAGACUUUCACCCGUCAAUGCAUGAGAUACGAUGUGGACUGGAAUGCAACUGAGCUGAGCUGCACAGAACCGUUGGAAGCCUUUUCCAGUAAUAAGAACUUCUCUCUUACAACCUGCCUAGAUGGCUGGGUCUAUGAUCCUUCAAUAUGGUCCAUUGUGAGCGAGGUAAGGUCAUGCUGCUGCCUUUCCCGUGCUCUCCCUUGGUCUAUUAGUACAGUCAUUCACAAGCUGAUGACCUCCAGAUGUUUUGGGCUACCACUCCCAUCAAACCCAGCCAACGUGGCCAGUAGUGGGGGAUGAUAGGAGCUGUAGUCCAAAACAUCUCAACGUCACCAGGGUGGGGUAGGAUGCUCUGGUGAAUAGGUGAAAACUGGGAAGAGGAGGGUGAUGAUGUGGGGUAUCACUGUGGUAUGUACAGGUGGGCUUCAGGAAAUACCAAGAACAUUCCACAUAGAGGAAAAGCAGUCAUUUUACAACAGGUUAGGUUGCAUUAAUGCUGCCAGCCCUCAUGUCAGAUUCUGUGCUUCACUUGGAAGCUGAGUAGACACUGAAAUCAAUAGCAUUCACUUUUGUUUCCUGAAAAAUCCAGUGAUGGCCAUCCUCUGUUGUUGUUGUUUUUUAAUUUAGAAAUGUCAGCUUCAGGCAAAUCAUACAGCUUGAUUUACAGUUCGCAUAAAUGAGGCUGGCCUUCACCAGCCUGGUGUCCUCCUGAUGUUUUGGACCCCAUUCUCAACCAGGACAGCCAUGCCAGCUGGGGAAGAUGUAGUGCAAAAUAACUUGAGGGCACAACAUGAGUUUUAACUACAUUGUGCAAAAAUGUGGAACUGCUCAAAGCUAGCAAGGUUGUUAGCAAGAUGAAGGUAGAUUGAGUAGUGAUUGUGACAAGAACAGGCAUUUCUGGUGGGCUGUAAAUCUCACUAGGUGGCGUUGCCGCAUUUCCACAUGUAAUGUCAAAGAAACAAAUGAAAAAUCUGUGAUUUCCAAUGUCUUAACUCCGUCACCAAAACUGAAUGCCUCUGUAUAUUUAUGUGUCAAUGAAUUGUUAGCAUCAGAAACGUAUACCUAGAAAGCUCUUAUCUGGAGGUUCAAAAGCUUUUACACUACUUAUGAACCACUUCCUUAAUUUUUUUAAAAAGGUCACCCCUUGUGCGGACUGUGCCAUUAUAUAAUUUAUUUGCUAGGUGGCACUGGACUUGACCACAUCUGAGUGUGGUUAGGAGUUUCCUGUUGCUGUUCUGUAUUUGUUUAACAGAGGGAAUAAUGCUCUUGUAGCAUUAUCAUGGCUGGUGUGUCUUUUUAACAUGUUGUAACAGCUCAGGCCUCCAGGUCAGAAUUCACAAGGUCAUUGGUGCAGUCAUGCAUUCAACAUUGGAUCAAUUAAGAAAACUGAUAUCCCCAUAACAGCUUUUCUCCUGACAGAGAUAUGUGGAAAAAGGUCCAACAUGUGACCCACUGUAAUGUUGCCACUGUUUCAGUAAGCCACAAUAUAGGCAUGUUAGACUAGGCAGAACUACAUGCCUCUUAAAAGCCUGGAUUCUGAUGAUCCACAUCUGAUAAUUUUGAGUGAAAGCAGGCAUGUGACCACACUCAGGAUUUCAUCUGCUGGAAAGGUGUUCCACAAAGCUGAGGUUCAGAUCCCACAAAAGCUAAAAGUGAGCAAGACCUGUGAAAUAAGAAAGGUAAAGAGAAACAAGACAACUGGCAUGUAGUGGUCCUAAGGAAGGAAGAGCAAAGAGAAGCAAUUUUUCAGGUUUUCACUAUGACCUAGGAGACCAAGGUAACUGGGUCCAGGAAGUGGCUGGCAGAAUCUAAGUGGCUUCUUUAUAUGGAGGGGGUUUGUUGGUGCUCAUAGGACAGAUUUUAUUCAUUCUGAGUUUUGAGCUUUUCUCACUACCCAAUAAGGUUCAGGCCUUGCUUGACUCUUAUCCAAUCCAACUCUGGGUUCCUUAAAAAGGUAAAGGGACCCCUGACCAUUAGGUCCAGUCGUGGCCAACUCAGGGGUUGCGGCGCUCAUCUCGCUUUAAUGGCCGAGGGAGCCGGCGUACAGCUUCUGGGUCAUGUGGCCAGCAUGACUAAAGCCGCUUCUGGCGAACCAAAGCAGCGCAUGGAAACGCCGUUUAUCUUCCCGCCAGAGCGGUACCUAUUUAUCUACUUGCACUUUGACGUGCUUUCGAACUGCUAGGUUGGCAGGAGCUGGGACUGAGCAACGGGAGCUCACCCCGUCGCGGGGAUUCGAACUGCCGACCUUCUGAUCGGCAAGUUCUAGGCUCUGUGGUUUAACCCACAGUGCCACCCGCGUUCCUUGGGUUCCUUGGAUGUGUCUAAAUACAGUUCCAAAAUAGAACACACUUUUCUUUUGGGGAGACACUGGCUUGUGCUUCCCACAAGGAUCCUGACUAUCUUGUAAAGGAAAACUACAAAGGUGGCUGAGAAGUGGAUACCAGGGAGAGGAUGCAAAGGUAAGGUGUCUAGCUCAGAAAAAGAAAUCCUGUUCCACUGGCACCCAUGUGGUUGGAGCAAACAUGGAAUUAAGUCUUUAAUGGCAGUGGACUAUGGGGAUAUCGUAGCUUCCUCUGCCAUCUGGUCAUUCCUACCUUCCAGCACUUAGAACUGAUUUGUAAUUUUAUUCCUAAUUGUGUCCCCACAGUUUAAUUUAGUAUGUGAAGACUCCUGGAAGUUAGAUGCAUUUCAGUCAUCUGUAAAUGCUGGAUAUUUUCUUGGAUCCAUAUGUGUUGGCUACAUAGCAGACAGGUAGGUGCAGAAUGAUUAGGUGAAAUUCAGGUCAGUUUUGCUGAUACUAUGCAUGGAUGGCAGAAAGUCAUUAAGUAAUAAUUAGGAAAUGUUUGCUAAUUUAAUAUUAUAUGCCACUGUGUUACUGAAUGUUUCUCAGUUUCCUGUUUGGUGUAAGCUUCUCAGGAUUUUGUAGUUUAUUAGAUCUGACACAUACGGACUCCUUUGGGUACAGAAUAAUAUUCCUAUUAAGGCUUUUUGCAAAAUCAAACCUCCAUAUGAUAACUUUGAGAUUAUUAUUUAAAAGUCAGGCUACAGGGCAUGAAUUAGGUUUCAGCAUGCACAGUUUUAAGAAAAAGAAGCAAGAUAUUUUAUCACUAUUCCUAAUAAUACCCAGCAUAGCAGGUACUGUUCUAUUACUGAAGAGGAUUUUUUUCCCAUAGCAAAAUUGAUACCUUCUCUCCUUUUCCCAUCCACUGCCCAGGCACUGUUAAGUAUACCGAAUUGCCAUAGGACAGAUGGGGAAUCAGUGGAAUUGUUUAAUAUUAUUUUAGUAUGGUUGAAUGAAACAAUGGGCCGGGUCCUUCGCCUCCUUCUCCUUCCAGUAUUCCUCUCUUAGCUCACUGCUUCCUCCUGCCACCAAGAUGGAGAGUCUCAUUCAGCAUUAUGUGAGCCUAAAUUCCUCAGAAAAUUAUUUUCUGAGGGAAACUGUUGAAGACCAUCACCCGCCCUCAAGAAUAUUUGGCAAACUCCCUCCCCUCAUUUUACCACCUACAAAUAGCAAGAACAUAACAAGCUGCCUUACUCCAAGUCAGACCUUUGGUCCUUCUAGCUCAGUAUUGUCUACAAACUGUCUGGCCGUGACUCUUGAGGGUUUCAGGCAGGGGACGCUCCCAGCCCUGCUUAGAGAUGCUAGGGCCUGAACCUGGAACCUUCCGUAUGCAAGGUAGACGCAUUCCCACAGCACAAAUGAUUUUGAGAGGCCAUUUUCACAGAGCCCAAUUACAAAGUCUUUCCACUUAUCUUGUUUUGUUCUGCUUGUAUGAUAUAUUUUAAUAUUUUAUAUGUUUUAAACAGCUGCCAGGAGUGUGCAUACACUAGAAUGUAGGGGUAAAGGUAAAGGGACCCCUGACCAUUAAGUCCAGUCAUGGACAACUCUAGGGUUGUGGCGCUUAUCUCGCUUUACUGGCUGAGGGAGCUGUCAUACAGCUUCCGAGUCAUGUGGCCAGCAUGACUAAGUCAGAAAUGGGCUAAAAUAAAUGGUCUGGAGUUAGGGGUGAGCAGUGAGAUUGCCAAGUUUGUUGAUCAUACUAAAGUGUUCAGAAUUGGGUUUUUUAAACAACAACAACAACAACAACAACAACGGAGAUUGCAAAGAGCUUCAAAAGGACUUCUCCACACUGAGGGAACAGGUAGUAAGGUGGCAGUAAGAUGUAAACAGGUGUAAAGUGAUUCAUGUCAUGGCAAAAAAAUAUCUUAAGAUUGUAGUGGAUAGCUAGAUGAAUAUGGGUUGAUGCGCGGCAGCUGUAAAAAAUGCAAAUUCCAUGCUAGGAAUGUGGGAAGGAAAUCCCCUGCCGAUAUCAUAAUGCUAUUAUACAAAUCUACGGUGCUAGCAAAUUUGGAAUACUGUGUUACCUCACAUCAAAAAAGGGUGAGCAAAAUGAUCAAGGAAAUGGAGCAAGUCCCCUAUGAGGAAAGGUUGCGGCAUUUGUGUGACAUGAUAGACAUUUAUGAAAUUAUGCAUGCCAUGGAGAAAGUGGACAGAAUACUAGAACUCCUGGACAUCCAGUGAAGCUGAAUGUUGGAAGAUUUAGAACAGAUAAAAGAAAGUACAUCUUCACACAGUGCAUAGUUCAGCUAUGGAACUCAAAUCCACAUGAGGUACUACUGGCCACCGACCCGGGUGGCUUUGGACAAAUAAAUGGAGGAGAAGGCUAUUUAAGGCUUCUGACCAUGAUAACUGUGCUCUUCCUCCAUAGUUGGAGGCAGUAAAGCUCCUGAAAACUAUUUGUUGGAAACCACAAGAGUGCAGAGUGUUCUUGUGCUUGGGUCUUGCCUGAGGGGGCCCAGUGUGGGAAUAGGAUGCUGGAAUAGAUGGCUCAUGGCUUGACCCAGCUGACUCAUCUUAUAUUCCAAUGUUCUUAAUUCAUUAAUGAAAGCAUGCUUUUGCAUGUGUUUUUGAAAAAAAAAAUCCUUCUGUAUCUUUUCUGUCACUUACCCUCAAUUCAGGUUCGGACGUAAAACAAGUCUCUUAAUUAACACCCUGGUCAAUUCCAUCGCAGGAGUUCUUGUGGCCUUGGCACCAAGCUACUUAUGGUUGGUGAUAUUUCGCUUCAUCCAAGGACUAAUCAGCAAGGCCAGCUGGACAGCAGGCUACAUUCUAAGUAAGUGUGACACCCUCAUUGAUGUAACUUCCUGCGGAUGAAAUAAUCUGCCCAGUCACUAGAUCAAAGCAGAUGCUGUUGGACUGCAGCUCCAUUGGUCAUGCUGGUUGGGGUCAUGCUGGGAAAAACAUUCAGAGAGCCACAGGUUCUAAAUCUGUGUGCAUACACACUCACUCUCUUUGUCCUGGGCACAAAGGAGCUUCUGUAUAUUGAGUUUGCACAAUGUGCAAUAAGGGUCCUUGUGUAUGAAACACAAUCAAUAAUAAGAUCCACAAAAAUGAAAAUAUACUUGCAUUAUUGUUCAUUAUCCUGUUUGUAUGUGUUUGUUCUUCAAAGUACAUUGUUAAUAAUACAUUCUACGGCCUUUUAAAUCUGUUUGUGGGGGGGCUAUUGGUUUGUUUUUGUUUUAUUAUGUAUUUUGUGUUCUCGUUUUGUAUUUUUAUAUUGUGAACCAGCCUGUGAUCUUUGGAUGAAGGGCAGUACAGUGGUACCUCAGGUUAAGUACUUAAUUCGUUCUGGAGGUCUGUUCUUAACCUGAAACUGUUCUUAACCUGAAGCACCACUUUAGCUAAUGGGGCCUCCCGCUGCCGUUGCACUGCCGCCCCACAAUUUCUGUUCUCAUUCUGAAGCAAAGUUCUUAACCUGAGGUAAUAUUUCUGGGUUAGGGGAGUCUGUAACCUGAAGUGUAUGUAACCUGAAGCGUAUGUAACCCGAGGUACCACUGUAUACAUAUUUUAGUAGUAGUAGUAGUAGUAGUAGUAGUAGUAAUGAGCAGAAUGUAAGACCACUGGUCCAUCUAGCUCAGUAUUUUCUACGGGAAUAAAGCUAGAUUUCAGUUCAGAACUGUCUUUGUGAGAUCAACUCAUUUAUUUUCCAGUCACAGAAAUUGUUGGUCCAAGCUACAGGAGGGUUGUGGCUAUUCUUUACCAAACAGCAUUUGCUUUCGGCCUCCUCAUCCUUGAUGCUGUGGCUUAUGUGAUUCCGCAUUGGAGAUGGCUGCAACUUGCCAUUACUCUGCCGUGUUUCCUUCUUUUGUUCUACUACUGGUAAGGUGCUGUUUGCUUACGUUCUGUCUUCUGAUUCAGUGCCAGUACUUGCCAUCUCUAUAAAACCAGUUUUCAACGUCCUAGGAGGAAUUUAGGUAUGCAGGGACCACAUUUCAGCCAUACCUCCCUCCCCCUGUCCCUGCUAAGCACAUGAGUUCAUACUAUCCAUACAUUCAUUCAUGGGCAUAUCUUGCAUGGAUGAGUGCGCAGUUGCCUGGUGCUGAUCAUGCACUGCCGCAAAAUAGCUUCUUUUGCAUUCUAUUAUGGUGCAUUGUUGGAGCCUGGCAAUGUGUAUUGACACAAAAAGGACGAGCAUCAAGGAGCAGUGAGGACUUUCAUGGCUGAAUUUCCUUUCAUCUUGAUUUUACCAUGAGUCUUCCUGCAACAGCCUCAUAAGGCUGCUUUUCUGGAAUCCUGCUUUUGUUUGCAGGUGCCUGCCGGAAUCUCCUAGGUGGCUGAUCUCUCAAGGACAGAAUGGCAGAGCUAUGGAAAUCAUGAGUGAUAUUGCUAAAAAGAAUGGGAAAGUCAUGCCUGCCGGUUUUGAGGUGAAUUUUAUGCAUACAAAGUAGUAGCUUCCUUAGUAUGCUGUUGUAACUAUAUGCUCCCUGGGAGGGCAUCCUAUGAGCCAUUCACAGGAGCCAACUCCUAGGGGCCAAGGGGUCUUUGCCCCUUCAAAAUUUGAGAGGUCUGCCCCCCCAGUUGAUGGGCAUUGCCAUUCAAAUGGGGUGUGCACACCACAUCAUGUGAUCAAUUAUGUGGGGCGGGGCUUACCUACCCCACCAUAUUUUAUUCAAGUUGGCAUCCCUGGAGCCGUUGAUUAGGUCAAAUCUAUCCCUGUAAUAUUGGAGGCGGAAUUCCAACAUUGGGGAGGGAAAUAGAUUGCCACAGUUUACCGCUCCAGCAGAACCAGCUCCUCUCAUGCCCUGGCCAAAGCAACACACAAACUCUGACCUAGUAAGGAGAAUAAGAGGCCAUUCCAGGGGCAUUCUGGGAAGCAAUUUGUAUCUGGGAUCUCCCUGUUAAAACUGUAAAAUGUCCCUGGUCCUUUACCCUUGGUUAAUAUUGCAACAGUUAUCUUAUAGAGUAUAAACCUUGAAGAAGAAAAAGAAGAAAAAGAACAGAAAGAAAACCGGGGGCCUUCAUUGUUGGAUCUUGUGAGGACAACACAGAUGAGAAAAUACACUUUUAUUUUGAUGUAUAACUGGUAAGAGACCCUUAACUUCAUUAUUAAUUUCCUUGCUUGUGUAAUACAAAACGCACAUUCUUACUGAGGAUCAUUUUAUUCAUGACCUUUGUGUUUAAGGUUAAACAUGCAGCAGGGUAUAGCAAUAAGCCUGAGGUCCACAUGUCGUUCAUCAGCACACAUGGGAACUUGGAAUACAACCUGGAUUCAUGCAGUUAGGCCUUGCUUGCACAAUCUGCCCAUCUCUUUCUCGUAGUUAGUGAGGCCUACUUGUGUAGUCAUUUUUACUUGAGUGUCCCAAUUCAUAGGCAGGAUGGAAGGGGAAAGGGUGCCCAGGCCAGAGGCUUCCUCCCACAGCCUACCAAUCUUCACACUGAACUAUCCCAUGUCAGGAGAAGUGAUCUAUUCCAUUCCAAGCAUGUCAUGCACUCAUCACAUCUCAAAUCUCACCUCCCAUCAGCCCGGUCUUUUGGAUUUGUCAAAGUAUACCCACUGAUCCUGAGACAAGGGAGAAAGGGAGUUGAUAAUAAUCUAGAGCUAGAGCUAGUCAAAAGAGCCUAGAGGACUAACAGAAAGCAAAGUAUCUUUACAGUAUUUGUCCAAUCCCAGUUUGCUUUUCCGAUGUUUGUCCCCAGUAGAAAGAAGGGAGAAGGAUGAGAAUGGGAAGAAGGGAAGAAAGAUAAAUUAAUAGAUAAAGCCUCACUAUGUGUAUCAACUUCAAAGGUUAACAAUACAGUUUGAGACCAAAAUAUCCUAUAUUGAGUGAUAGUUCCUGGAUAUCUGUCUCAAAUUUCUCAAAGGAACAUGUCUCCUUUCAGACGAACUCAUUGUUUCACAUUUAACGUGGUGGUUCUUUCUUUCCUAGGUUCACAAGCGCCAUCAUGUACCAGGGACUCAUCAUACACCUGGGGAUUUCUGGAGACAAUGUUUACCUGGAUUUUUUCUACUCGUCUCUAGUUGAAUUUCCAGCAGCCCUCAUACUCAUACUCACGACAGAACGCAUGGGCCGCCGCUAUCCCUGGGCUACCGCAAACCUGGUGGCAGGAGCGGCUUGCCUUGUUGCAGCUUUCACCCCAGAAGGCAAGUUGGUCAUCUCCAUUCAUCCAUUUCCCUGCCGGGUGAGAGAGGGGAGCCUUAUUUAGUUCUGCCUGUCUGCUUCUCCUCUGUUGUGGGAUAUGUCUGCCCCUUCCAAGAAAUCACUGAAGAUUCCAUAUGUAAGGUGGUAAUAACGCUCAGUCAAUAUGGCCAACAGAAGCUGUUGCACCAUGUCAUUCAAGAAGUAACUAGGUAUUCCUUCUAAUAUUGUACUACAAAGGAUGCGGCAGUGAAAAUUCGGGUUGCACUGCACAUUCCCCACAGUCUUGCACAAGAUGUUGAGCACCACUUGACUUUUGCACAGCAAUCAUUUGUGAAUUAGUUUAUUGUUAAAAAACUGCACUCAGGACAGUAUGCAACACCACGCAGGAUAUUGGAGUGCAUUCCAUAUUUAUAAUCCAAUUUCUCCCAUCCUCACUUGUACAGUGGUACCUCGGGUUACAUACGCUUCAGGUUACAUACGCUUCAGCUUACAGACUCCGCUAACCCUCAAAUAGUACCUCGGGUUAAGAACUUUGCUUCAGGAUGAGAACCGAAAUCGUGCUCUGGCGGCACGGCGGCAGCAGGAGGCCCCAUUAGCUAAAGUGGUGCUUCAGGUUAAGAACAGUUUCAGGUUAAGAACAGAUCUCCGGAAUGAAUUAAGUACUUAACCCGAGGUACCACUGUACAAAGAUAAUUUAAACAAACUUUCAGAGGAGGAUUGCAGAAUCAUAAAUGUAGAGAAGAAAACUUUAAAUAAAGAAACCAUAGGCUCCCCACCAUCUUUUGCACUGAAUGAAGUAUUAUCUCAAAUUCAAACCUUAAAGUCCUUGCAGUUGGUUUGUUCCACAGUUUGUGAUUUCAUCUCUUCUAGUGCGUGCCUGUACUUUAGUCCAAUUGAGCUCUAAUGAACAGGAGAACCUCUGCUUCUUAAUGGCAGCGUUGGAGGGUUUUUGCCAGGCAAAGUGAUUUUGCACUCAGUGCCUCCCCUGCCCCCUCAUUCCAUGCCAGAGUGAGAGCCAGGUACCAAGAUGGACUGUGAGUGAAGCUUGUUCCCCUUGUCCCUGGGGGGAAUUUGCAAUGAUGAUUUACCCUCAACCACCCUUGUUUUUCCUUUGCCUAAGAUCUCCUGCUGUCGUGGGGGCUGCCUCCAUUAAGGCAGAGUGGAACCGCAAGCCCCAGAUAUUGGAGUGCAGGUCAGAUGGUGUGCUGCUGUUGCUAGUGCACAGUCCAUGAGGCUUCACCACCAGCAAAGCACUACAAGAACUUGAAGAGCUGGUUGAUAAGAUACAGUCAUGCGCACAUUGCAAUGGUGUCUUGAUGGCUGGAAAUUGCUCUCCAGCUUUUGGAAUGAGACAGCCAUCAGAGAGUCGAGGCAUCAGAGAAACAGUUAAGAGCACUUUGCAGAUAGAAUGAGGUGCUGGAGCUGUGAGCUGACUGGAUAUGUAUUUGAUGUCUACUGAAACAGUCUAUUUCCUUCCACUAGACUGUGUUUGAAUAUUUGUAUAUAAAGCCAGUAUCAGAAGGACAACGUACGUCUUUAGUGUGCUCUCAUCCAUAUCUGGAAUACUGCAGUCACAAGCAGUGUCCAGGCAGCCCAUGUCAGCAGUGUCAUUUGCUGAUUUUCCUCAGAAAUAGCUUAAAGCGUCCAACUUCUUUGUGAACAACUUUGGGCAAAGAGCUCAACAACCAUAUAUUAGCUCUUCUCACUGCUAAGAAAUCAGAAAUUUAUCUACCACCAGUUCUCUGGGAAAUGAUAAUCUGUUAUGUCAUCAGUAUUAUUUGCCUUCCUUCAAUGAGCCUUUAGAAAAUUAUAUAUUAAUCUUUCCUUUCCAGAUAUGCACUGGCUAAAGGUUAUUACAUCUUGCUUCGGCAGAUUAGGAGUCACGAUGGCAUUUGAAAUGGUUUGUUUUGUCAAUACUGAAUUGUACCCCACAUUUCUCAGGUAGGUCUUUUGAUGACCAAAGGAAAGGUGCCUUCUGAAAUUGAUUUAUAUAGAUUAAUGCACAUUUACAUUAUCACAGAUUUACAGGUAUAAGACUCUCCUGUGCACUCUCACUGAAAAGAAACUGAAAUCUGUACUGCUAUUCCUUGAGGGGUUUUUACAUGUUACAUUCAACAAGUGUAUAAUCUGUGUACCAGUCCGCACAAUAGUUGAGCUAUACAAAUCAACACAAAUAUACUCUUUUACUUUCAUGUGUGUAGAAAGGCAGCUUAUACCAGUGUUCACAUAAUGUGUGAACAUAUUUCUGGAUUUUUUGCUUCAAGGGGAAUUUGGGAACACCCAACACCCCAGCAUGGUGGUCUUAAUAAAUAAGACCUCUUAGAAUUAAAGGUUUGGCGAUGAGCUGGAUUUUCUUGUAACCAAGCAGUAACUAUGGAAAUAUUUACCUUCCUAUCUGCUCCAAAAAAUGGUUGGAAUGUAGGCAUCUCUUUCUCUUCUGUAAGGAAAACCACAGUUGAUAAGGAUAAAGUUUUAUGUUGGCUUUGAGGUCUGAAUUCCUACACACACAAACUUAUAAUAUAAUGUGUGUUUUUUCUUUUGUAUCAGAAACCUCGGUGUGAUGGUCUGUUCAUCCAUGUGUGACUUCGGUGGAAUAAUUUCCCCAUUUAUUGUCUAUAGACUAUCAGAAAUCUGGUCCGAGCUACCUCUUGUAGUUUUUAGUAAGUAAUCCUCUAUUUUGAGUUGCUUGAGUAUGUUGUUCUUUUAAUGAAAAAUCAAAAUAUCUCUAUUCUACUUUUCUACUUUAAAAUCUUCCUAGGAGACUUUCCACAAAUAGGGGGCCACCUCUGCAAAGACCCAGCCACCUAACCUUUUGAAGACAAUGCAAAGGAGAGGAUGUCUGAAGCAAAUCUUAAAAAAUUGUGAAAGAAAUAUGCUAGUUAUAAGUUGUUUAGCCUGUAAAGGUCAAAACGAACACAUUGAAUUGUGCCUAGAAACAGACUGAUUAGUAACAAACUUCUGUUAACAUGGAUGAAAUAUGUUCAGACAGGCACAUUUCAAUAACAAAUCUAGCUGUCGUGUUUAGAACCAGCUGAAAUUUCUGAGUAGCUUUUACAGCUCCCAUAUUAAAAACAUUGCAGUACUGUACGUUGAUAUUGCAAUAGCAUUUAUGACUAGAGCAUGGGUAGGCAAACUAAGACCUGGAGACCGGAUCCGGCCCAAUCGCCUUCUAAAUCUGGCCCACAGACAGUGUGUUUUUAAAUGAGUAGAAUGUGCCCUUUUAUUUAAAAUGCACCUCUGGAUUAUUUGUAGGGCAUGCCUGGUGUUUUUACAUGUAGAAUGUGUGCUUUUAUUUAAAAUGCAUCUCUAGGUUAUUUGUGGGGCAUAGGAAUUCGUUCUUAUUUAUUUUUCAAAAUAUAGUCCGGCUCCCCACAAGGUCUGAGGGACAGUGGACUGGCCCCCUGCUGAAAAAGUUUGCUGACCCCUGGACUAGAGCAAGGCGGUCUCAGAACACCAGGGACCACAAUUGACACAUUAGCCUAAGUUGGUGGGAAAACUCUGGCCCAGUGGACAUUAGCAGAGCGUCCAGUUUAAAGGCCAUAAAGAAACUGCACUCCUAAGCUGCAAACCUAUUCUUUAAGGAGGACCACACCUCCAGUUAAAGUACAGUAUGCUGAAUACCAACUACCAAGGAUAUUGAGUCACCAAACAAGUCUCUCUCUCUUACCUGUAUUGCACUCCAGUUUGCUUUUUUCUCAUCCUGUCUAUUAUUAAGUUUUGUUCAGCACUUCCUUGUCCUGUUUGUGAGUUCUUGAUUUCCCCAAUCUUCCUAAGCAUGUUUACUUGGAAGUGAGUUGUGCUAAAUUUAAGGGGGUGGUCUGCAUAUUGAACUACCUUCAUGAUUUACAGUGAGCUGGUUUUUAAAAUGUGCAUUGCCGUAUGUUGGGUCUUAACUGCCUCUUAUGUGUUUCAUUGCCAGCUGCAGUUGGUUUGAUUGCUGCCGGAUCAGUGCUAUUUCUGCCUGAGACCAAAGGGAGAACUUUGCCUGAGACCAUCGAGGAUGUAGAAAACUUUCAUCGGCACCGUGCUAAGCAGCUCAAUUAAUGACAAGCAAAUGGAAAGUAUUAUUUGAAAAGCAGUGUUCUUUCAGCUAUAGUUUGUAAAAGGCUCUGAGAAUUAACCAGCUUGUCUAGGAAAUAAAGCUGUGAGGACUUUAACUGACUAUAAUAUAAAGGUCAUUAUACUAAAAAAAUAAAUAUAUAUAUUUUUGUCCUG